CAAAAAGGCUGCUCCAGCUGCAGUUCCUGCUGCAUCCCCAGCCAAGCGAAGGCUGAUGCCCCUGCUGAAAAGAAAGCUCCUGUUGCUGAGAAGAAAGCAGCCGUUGAGAAAAAGCCUGCUGUAGUUGCUGCUCCUAAGAAGCCUGAAGCUGCAGCCAAGAAACCAGAGGCUGCUGCUGCUGCUAAGAACCAGAAGCUGCAGUCAAGAAACCUAUGAGAAAAAGUUGCUCCAUUGAAGGCAGCUGUCAAGGCAAAGAAAGAGACCCCAAAGAAACUUGAGGGUGUCAAGAUUAAAGGAAAGGGUUACAAGGGCAAGAAACUUAACCUCAAGUUCACCAUUGACUGCACUCACCCUGUUGAAGAUGGAAUUAUGAAUGCAGCUGAUUUUGAAACAUACUUGAAGCAGCACAUCAAGCUGAAUAAGAAAGUUGGCAAUUUGGGAACACACAUCCAAACUGAGCUGGCAAAGAGCAAAAUCAUUGUUUCUUCAGAUGUUCCCUUCUCCAAGAGGUAUUUGAAGUACCUGACGAAACGUUACUUGAAGAAGAACAAUCUUCGCGAUUGGCUGCGAGUUGUUGCCAACGGAAAGACCUCUUAUGAACUCAGAUACUUCAAUAUCAACAAUGAGGAAGAGGAUGAUGAUGAUGACAAGGAAUAAGUUCGUCUCUCCGUUGUUUCGUUUUUGCUGUAAAGUAAUAAACGAUGACCAUUA